CCUAAACAGCUCGUCAACCACCUCGGUAGCUUGCUAGCCAACAUAGCCGAAAGAUUCAAGCUAUUUAUACGCUUUCGGUGUAUAUUAGCUACUGUGUGUUAGACACACUUAGGUCGUAUCUACUUGUUAACCUAUUUAAUUUAAUAUUACGUUAUUUUGUAUUAGUCAACUAUAGUAGCUGGCUGGUUAAAUUAGCACUAGCCUAGUCGCUAAUGAUAGCUAGCUAGCUAACAUCCCCGACCAUGAGUUCAAUAAACUACUCCACUCUCGUUAAAGAAGAGGAGGUCUGCUGGACGGAGAAAGAAGCUCUUGGGCUGAACAUUGUCGUGAAAGAGGAGAAGGAAGAAGAGGAUGUUACAGUAAAACAAAAAGUAGAGGGUGAGGCUGUUACCCUGAAAGAAGACGAGAAAGACGUUUCAGUGAAAGAAGAGGAAGACGCGUUCAGAGUGAAAGAAGAGAAAGACGUUUCAGUAAAAGAAGAGGAUGAAGAGAAAGAGGAGGAUGCAGUUUUUGUAGUGAAGAAGGAAGGAGAGAUUACUGUCACAUUGAAAGAUGAAGAGGUGGAGAUAGGAGAUCUGAGUAACACCAGAGAGAGGCGUGACUAUCGUGGAUCCUCUGGGGAGCCUCAACAUGAUGCUGACAAGGCAGAGAAGAGUCUCUCCAGAUCAGAACUCCUCAAGAAACACCAGCAGAGACCCACAGGAAAGAAAUCUCACUGCUGCUCUGACUGUGGGAAAAGAUUCAACUACUCAUCACACCUUAAAAUACAUCAAAGAAUUCACACUGGAGAGAAACCUUAUAGCUGUGAUCAAUGUGGGAAGAGUUUUACUACAUCUAGCAAUCUAACUGAACACCAGAGAAUUCACACAGGAGAGAAACCUUACGGCUGUGAUCAAUGUGGGAAGAGAUUUAUUCUACUACAAACCCUGAAAUCACACCAAAGAAUACACACUGGAGAGAAACCUUUUGGCUGUUAUCAAUGUGGGACGAGUUUUUCUCACUUAAGCAGCCUGAUAGGACACCAGCGGGGACACACAGGAGAGAAACCUUAUAGCUGUGAUCAAUGUGGGAAGAGUUUUACUACAUCUAGCAAUCUAACUAUACACCAGAGAAUUCACACAGGAGAGAAACCUUAUAGCUGUGAUCAAUGUGGGAAGAGUUUUACUAUAUCUAGCUCUCUGACUAUACACCAGAGAACACACACAGGAGAGAAAUCUUAUAGCUGUGAUCAAUGUGGGAAGAGAUUUAUUCUACUACAAACCCUGAAAUCACACCAAAGAAUACACACUGGAGAGAAACCUUUUGGCUGUUAUCAAUGUGGGACGAGUUUUUCUCACUUAAGCAGCCUGAAAGGACACCAGCGGGGACACACAGGAGAGAAACCUUAUAGCUGUGAUCAAUGUGGGAAGAGUUUUACUACAUCUGGCAAUCUAACUAUACACCAGAGGAUUCACACAGGAGAGAAAGCUUAUGGCUGUGAUCAAUGUGGGAAGAGUUUUACUACAUCUAGCAAUCUAACUGAACACCAGAGAACACACACAGGAGAGAAACCUUAUGGCUGUGAUCAAUGUGGGAAGAGUUUUACUACAUCUAGCAAUCUGACUAGACACCAGCAAGUACACACAGGAGUGAAACCUCAUAGCUGUGAUCAAUGUGGGAAGAGUUUUAUUAGAUCUAGCCAGCUGACAGUACACCAGAGAACACACACAGGAGUGAAACCUAAUAGCUGUGAUCGAUGUGGGAAGAGAUACUCUGAUAAAAUAUCUCUGAUUAAACAUCAGAAAAUACAUACAUGAAGGAGUUGUUUCAUGAUAUCAAUGAAAUAAUGUCACAAUGUAGAAUGUUUUAACAUUGUAGUAGGAGAUUUUUAUUAAGUUUUGAUCUAUUUGAAUGAAUGUCAGAAUGUAGAACCAUAAACGUUUGUCCCCUGUUCAGUUGAUAUUAUCUAUCUAUAUUAUCUAUCUAUUGGUUUUAGCCUCAGCGGAAAAACCCAGGCCCUGAAUUGAAAGAGUACUAUUUAUUUAACAAAAAGUGACAAAAAAAAUUGUGUUACACUUACCACGUUGGUGACCCACUUGAAUCAAAAUGCAACACUUCAACAUGUUUAGGUUUUCAAUAUUCAAUAUAUCACAAACUGUUUCUGCAUAUUGGGUAUUGAUUUGGGCACGUUAAAACUGUGUUUUAACAUUGCGCUAUUCCCAUUUAGCCAAAUGUCAUUGAAAAGAUGUUGAAAAUAAGACUUAAGCCCAACGUCAAAUAUAUGUUCGGUUGCAGUUGUAGUUUUUUUCCCCAAUGAAAAACAACUUAAUUUCAACAUACUUGCAGCCUAAACACAUGGACGUAGUAUAAUAAAUUGGUCUAUAAUCAAUUGUAUUAACAAUCUUACAUCUUACAAUUCGCACGUAUAGCUCGUUAGCACGUAUAGCACGUAUAGCUCGUUAGCACGUAUAGCUCGGUAGCACGUAUAGCUCGGUAGCACGUAUAGCUCGGUAGCACGUAUAGCUCGGUAGCACGUAUAGCUCGUUAGCACGUAUAGCUCGUUAGCACGUAUAGCUCGGUAGCACGUAUAGCUCGUUAGCACGUAUAGCUCGGUAGCACGUAUAGCUCGGUAGCACGUAUAGCUCGUUAGCACGUAUAGCUCGGUAGCACGUAUAGCUCGUUAGCACGUAUAGCUCGGUAGCACGUAUAGCUCGGUAGCACGUCCAGUGCUCCAGUUGUCUUGAUAGAUGUGGAGAGUCAACACCUUUUGUUGCGCUACCGUUUUGGUUUGCUUCCUGUCUGUAAGUUUGGUGUGGGUUUUUCUUUUGUUUGCCUCUUCUUGGGCAGAUUUAGUGGGUGACUUUUAUGUCCCAGUUGUUGUUACUUGUCAACUUUCAGUGGACACUGAGAAAACUUUUAUUGCAUCAAAUGGUUGUUUUAUGCAACAGAAUAGAGGGUUCUUUGAACUAUUGUGUCUGUGUGUUCUACUGAGGAUGGGCCUCUGGGAGAAAACACUGACAGGAGAUUUACAAUGUCUUUUGGGUGAUAAAAACCUAAAGAGACCACAUUCCAGAGCAUGAGUUAACUUCUUUGGGCUGCAAGCCUUAAGUCGGGCUCAAUAUGACAACAGCCCGUCCAAGUGCAGGGCGCGAAAUUCAAAAGAUAUUUUUUAGAAAUAUUUAACUUUCACACAUUAACAAGUCCAAUACAGCAAAUGAAAGACAAACAUCUUGUGAAUGCAGCCAAUAUUUCCGAUUCUUUAAGUGUUUUACAGCGAAAACACAAUAUAGCAUUAUAUUAGCUUACUACAAUAGCCAACCACACAGCUACAUUGAUUCAAGGCAACAGUAGCGAUAGCGACAAAACCAGCAAAAGAUAUUAAUUAUUUCACUAACAUUCAUAAACUUCAUCAGAUGACAGUCCUAUAACAUAUUACACAAUACAUAUAUGGUUUGUUCGAAAAUGUGCAUAUUGAGAGCGGAAAUCCGUGGUUAUACAUUGUGAAAACUUAGCAUCUUUUUCCCAGAAUGUCCGCAUAUAUUUCUGACACUCACCUAUUCUGAUCAAAUAACUAUUCAUAAACUUUACUAAAAAAUACAUGUUGUACAGGAAAUGAUAGAUACACUAGUUCUUAAUGCAAUCGCCGUGUUAGAAUUCUAAAAAUAACUUCAGUACGACAUACAGCUUACGUUAUAGCUAGAGAGCGCCCAAAAUCUCGGCGGAAAACACAACUACACAUUUUCGACAGAAAUAGGAAAUAACAUCAUAAAUGGGUCCUACCUUUGUUGAGCUUCCAUCAGAAUCUUGCACAAGGGGUUCUUUGUCCAGAAUAAUCGUUGUUUGGAUUUAGAAUGUCCUUUUUCCCUCUCGAAUUAGCAAGCAAAACUAGCAAAGUGGCACUAAGCUGUCCAUCGUCACCAAACGCAGAGAACAGAACACGCCAAAACUCCCGAAAAAAUGUUGAUAAUCUGAUGAAACUAUAUUGAAAAAAACAUACUUUACGAUGAUAUUGUCACAUUUAUCAAAUAAAAUCAAAGCCGGAGAUAGUAGCCGUCUAUAACGAAAGCUUUUCAAAAGCCAAUGCUGAUGUACUUCCUGCGCCAUCCUGAACAGAGGAAAUUGGGGUCCUGUCAUUCCAUGAUCUCUCUUUUGACCAUAGAAAUACCUAUACACUCCAUUUCUUCUCUCACUGCCUAUUGACAACUAGUGGAAGGUGUAUGAAGUGCAUGUAUACUAAUAGAUUUCAAGCAGAUUAAUAGGGAGGCCCUGGAACAGAGCCUCGAUUUCAGAUUUUUCACUUUCUGACAGGAAGUUUGCUGCAAAAUGAGUUGUUUUACUCACAGAUAUAAUUCAAACGGUUUUAGAAACUUGAGUGUUUUCUAUCCAAUAGUAAUAAUAAUAUGCAUAUUGUACGAGCAAGAAUUGAGUACUAGGCCGUUUGAAAUGGGCACCUUUCAUCCAAGCUACUCAAUACUGCCCCUGCAGCCAGAAGAGGUUAAUGUUUCUGUUCUAUAUGGUACCAGGGAGAGAUGACCCCAGGGCCAGACCCUGGUCUCUACACAAAGAGUACUGUUUUUACAGCAGAUACUGUCUGCUGAGAAUUAUAGGUAUCUUUCAUACAAAUAUUAAUCUUGUGACCCGUUCUAUACAUCUGUUGUUCGUCAUGUAGAUUGAAAGGGUGUAUCUUGGCUGUAAAAUACCUUUGUACUUUUGUCUCGUGGCUCUCAACAAAUCAUCUGGGGGUGAUUUGUCGACCAGCCAUUAUCGUAGAACACUCAAUUGAUUCACUUUAUAUGUGUGCGUUGUCUUGACCUACUCCCUUAUUAUUAAGUGAAUAAAGAUUUAGUUUAAGAAUAA